CCAUGGCCCUGCUGCCCGGGCCCGCGGAGCGGCGGGGCGGCGGCGGCGGGGCCCGCGCCCGGCACGUCAUCAUCAACGUGGGCGGCUGCCGCGUGCGCCUGGCCUGGGCCGCGCUGGCUCGCUGCCCGCUCGCGCGCCUCGAGCGCCUGCGCGCCUGCCGCGGCCACGACGAGCUGCUGCGCGUGUGCGACGACUACGACGUGAGCCGCGACGAGUUCUUCUUCGACCGCAGCCCGUGCGCCUUCCGCGCCAUCGUGGCGCUGCUGCGCGCCGGGAAGCUGAGGCUGCUGCGCGGCCCGUGUGCCCUGGCCUUCCGCGACGAGCUGGCCUACUGGGGCAUCGACGAGGCGCGCCUGGAGCGGUGCUGCCUGCGCCGCCUGCGCCGCCGCGAGGAGGAGGCGGCCGAGGCGCGCGCGGGGCCGGUGGAGCGCGGGGCGCCAGGGAGCCCGGCCUGCGCCCCGGGACCUGGCGGGCGGCUGGCGAGCGGCCGGCGGCGCCUGCGCGACGUGGUGGACGACCCGCGCUCGGGCCCGGCCGGCAAGCUCUUCGCCUGCGUGUCCGUGGCCUUCGUGGCCGUCACGGCGGUCGGCCUCUGCCUCAGCACCAUGCCGGACAUCCGCGCCGAAGAGGAGCGGGGUGAGUGCUCCCCUAAGUGUCGCAGCCUGUUCGUGCUGGAGACGGUGUGCGUGGCCUGGUUCUCCUUCGAGUUCCUGCUGCGCUCGCUGCAGGCCGAGAGCAAGUGCGCCUUCCUGCGGACCCCGCUCAACAUCAUCGACAUCCUGGCCAUCCUGCCCUUCUACGUGUCGCUGCUCGUGGGCCUGGCGGCCCGGCCCGGCGUGGGAGGCAACAAGCUGCUGGAGCGCGCGGGGCUGGUGCUGCGGCUGCUGCGGGCGCUGCGCGUGCUCUACGUGAUGCGCCUGGCGCGCCACUCGCUGGGGCUGCGCUCGCUCGGCCUGACCGUGCGCCGCUGCGCGCGCGAGUUUGGGCUGCUGCUGCUCUUCCUCUGCGUGGCCAUGGCCCUCUUUGCGCCACUCGUGCACCUGGCCGAGCGCGAGCUGGGUGCGCGCCGCGACUUCUCCAGCGUGCCGGCCAGCUACUGGUGGGCCGUCAUCUCCAUGACCACCGUGGGCUAUGGCGACAUGGUGCCGCGCAGCCUGCCCGGGCAGGUGGUGGCGCUGAGCAGCAUCCUCAGCGGCAUCCUGCUCAUGGCCUUCCCAGUCACCUCCAUCUUCCACACCUUCUCGCGCUCCUACUCGGAGCUCAAGGAGCAGCAGCAGCGUGCCGCCAGCCCCGAGCCCGCCCUGCGCGAGGACAGCACGCGCUCCGCCUCCGCCUCCGCCUCCGCCACCGCCACGGAGGACGACGGCUCGCAGAGCCCCGACGGCAACGGCUUGGCCGGGGCCUCUGCGGAGGGGCCGUGGGCACGGGCGGGGCCGACCUGACCUGCGGGGGCAGUCGGGGGCCUGGGGGCAGCACAGCGUCCUCACCCGCCUCCGCGCUCGGAGGGGCGGGACGGCUUUGGGGCCGGGCUCCUGUCAUCAGCCUGCAUGUUGCUCGACCGGCGCACACCAGAACUUGGCCCGGGCCUGACCCGGCCUGACUCGGGGGUCAAAGCCAUCCUGUGCUUGGAGUAAAGAGUUUCACCCUAGGAGCACCACCAGCCUGUUCUGCGCUUUCCUUUUUUGUCUCCAGAGUUUUGACUCCAUGGCCAACUAAAAAUAAAUUCCACAAUCUCAGAAGUUCCAAGCCUGUAGCAAAUGCCAGAAGGCCACGCUUGUCCUUCAGCCUCACCCUGACCUUGCCCUGCUGAUCACUGUGGGGCUCAGCGGGGUUGGGGGGCAGACUUAGGGAGCUGUGGGGAAAGGGCAGUGCCUUCCUGCUCCUGCCAACCCCCCCGGGGAUCAUGCCCCUUCAGAGGGGGGCAUUCCCGUCGCCUCUGUAGAGGCCACGUCCCCACCAAGUGACGGGGGCGCUUACAGCUCCAGUUCCUUUGAGGGGGGCGUUUGCCAGCCCUGACCUCUGACCUCCCUUCCAUAGCCCUCACCUGCUGUCCCCUUGGAAUGCCCAGCAACGCUGCAGGCCUGCAUAUCAGCCAGGGGCCCCACAGCCUCCCCGGGCGCCUGGCCCCCUUCCCGGGCGUGCAGCUGCUGGAAGCUGGUUGUGACGGAGCUGCUGCUUCUCCGGGGAGGGGAGGGUCUGUGCCGAUGCGGCUCUUCCACCACACACCUGCUCCUCUGGAGGAAACGACUUCCUCCUGGGCAGGGGGGCUCACCGACUGUCCCUCCAAGGGUUUGGUCAGUGGUGGGACACCCCCUCUUCGCUGCGGUGGCUCUGAGGGCCCCUAGGAGCCCUGCAGAACCAAAGCCACCGUGGGUCACAGGAUAGGUGCCGUGGGCUGUGAGUGCCCUGGAGUGGCCCUGUGGAUCUGAGUGGAUCCCCAAGCCUCCAGGGGUUUGGAGAACCACGUGGGGACGGGGGCACACUGCUCCCCAGCACCCGGGCAGGCCACUCGCCCUGGCUUUCCUGCUCCUCCUUGCAUCCCUGCUGCGACCCUCCCACACGAUCCCUCAGGCCGAGUGCUGGUGGGCCUCUGCUGGCUGUGGCAGGAACCUAGGCCACAUAGGGUUGGGGCUGGGGGCAGCCCAGCCUAGGCUGGGGGCAGGAACGGGCCUGGUCCCUGCCAGCCUGUGGCCCCACACUCACCCAGG